AUGGCGACCAACUUCCUCGAAGGACCAACAAACACCACUCCCCGGCAAACUCUCGCCCUCUCCCAAAACGCCAAAUCCUUCUUCACCUCCCAAAAAGGCUGGUCCCUCCCGUACCCACUCUCUCUCUUCCUCAACACCGAAUCCCAGGAGAAAUGGGCGACAUACGAGAACAUCUUUCUCGCCACACUACGAACAGGUGAUCACGAUGCCGCAUACCUCUGCCUAGAAGAACUCACCGACCGCUUCGGCAAGACGAACGAGCACGUAGUCGCAUUGCAAGGUAUUUACCAGGAGGCUACAGCGAAAGAUACAAAUGAAUUGGAGGAGGUGAUGAAGAGGUAUGAUGAGUUGCUGAAGGAUGAUCCGGCGUUGUUCAGUGUGCGCAAGCGGCGAGCGGCGUUGUUGAAGAGUGUUGGUCGGCCUGUGGAUGCUAUCGGAGAUCUGGUCAGUCUCGUCGAUGCCAGCCCCACUGAUGCUGAGGCUUGGGCGGAACUCGCAGAUCUAUACGCACAGCAGGGCACCUAUGAGCAGGCUAUCUUCUGUCUCGAGGAGGUUCUGCUUGUGACGCCUAAUGCGUGGAAUAUGCAUGCCAGGUUGGCAGAGGUGACGUACAUGAGUGCGCAGAAGAUGGAGGGUGGCGAGCAGCUGAAGGCACUCUCGGAGAGUAUGAGGAGGUUCUGUCGGAGUAUUGAGCUUUGUGACGACUAUUUGAGAGGAUACCUUGGGCUCAAGAUCACUACAGGACGGCUGCUGACGGCGCUGGACGGAGCUAAGAAGUCCCAGCUCACAGUCUCCGAUCCGACUACAGGAGAUCUGGCGCCUCCUUCGUUGGCUUCUGUCAGGAAGCUCAACGAGUUGGCGACGGCUAAGUUGGGUGAGAUUGUCCGAAGAGGGACGGCAGGAGAGAAGGGCUGGGACGGUUAUAGUGCCAUCGAGCUGAAAGCUGCACGGGACGCAUUAGACAGAGAUACCCUGAAGAUACAAAGAUAA